AUGGACGAUGACAUGGAACCGAUGGUUCCUGUUCCGAUGUCGGAGGGAGCCGACAAAGGUUCAGACUUGGAUAUCGAAAUGUUGGAACCAGACAUGGAUAUCUUGGUACCCCCCACGCAGGACGACAUGAAUAUCGUGGUCCCAUGCAUGGGGACAGCAGAGGGGGUCAUGCAUCCACCACAAGAGGUUGCACCCAAAAUUGAGAAAGAUUCUCAGGCCAAACAGAAGGCUGGAUUGUCCCGAUCUCCCGAGGAGCUCAUGGCCAAGCUGAACGAAGCAAGAGUUGAUUUUACCUUUUCUAGGACAGAACCAAGUCCCUCUGUUCCUUCUGAUGCUGGCAUAACCAGUGGCAGGAGUGAUGAUGGUAUCGACAGCUCGGUGGCAACACCAAGUGCCACUGUUCCUUAUGAUGCUGGCAUAACCAGUAGCAGGAGUGAUGUUGAUACCGACAACUCGGUGGCAACACCAAGUCCCUCGGCUCCUCCUGAUGCGGGCAUGACCAGUAGAAGCAAUGAUGAGGGUAUCCACAACUCAGUGGUUGCCAGCAAACAGAAGAAGGGUCUGUCCCGCACUCCCGAUGAACUAGCAGCCAAGCUCCGAGCUGCAAGAGAAGCGAGGACUGUCGCGAACGCCCGAACAGCUUGCUGA